UGGGAAAAACCGUUCCUUUGGCCUCUCUCUGCUCUAUCUCCUCUCUGUUUUCCUCUCUCUUUCUAUCAAAUGAGAGUAAGUACCUUCAAAACCCAAUUCCCAAGUCAAAUCAUAAAGAUGCCAAUCUCAGCUGUUUCGCCAUUGAAUCAUUGCUAUUGCACUGCGUCACUUGUUAAAACCAGAACCCCUACCACUUCCCUAAAAUGCAAUUUCCUUUCACCUGUCACAAAAAACCCACUUCUUUCCCGCUCCAAAAACCAACUGAGUUACACCACUUGCACUAAUAGAAGCAAGAAAUUUGGCCUCACCAUCGUUGCAAUGAGCUUUGAAGCUGGAAUUGGUGUGAUGGGGACUAAACUUGGUAUGAUGAGUUACUUUGAGCCUGAUGGAACAGUUGUGCCAGUAACUGUAGUUGGGUUUCGAGAAGGAAACAUUAUAACGCAAAUUAAGUCUCAGUCCACCGACGGGUAUGAUGCAGUUCAGGUGGGUUAUAGAAGGGUUAGGGAUAAAAAGCUGACAAAGCCUGAACUGGGUCAUUUGGAGAAGGCUGGCGUUAUACCCAUGAGGCAUUUGCAGGAGUUUAGGCUGCAGAGUAUUGAUGGGUUUGAGACUGGGCAAAAAUUGGUCUUUGAGGAGAUUUUUAAGGAGGGGGACCUUGUUGACGUCUCCGGGACAACCAUUGGCAAAGGGUUUCAAGGUGGAAUUAAGAGGCACAAUUUUAAAAGGGGUCCAAUGAGUCAUGGUUCCAAGAGUCAUAGAGCACUGGGAUCAAUUGGUGCUGGAACAACACCUGGUCGUGUAUACAAGGGGAAGAAGAUGCCUGGUCGAAUGGGUGGAACAAAAAGAAAGAUAAGAAAGCUCAAGAUUGUUAAAAUUGAUAAUGAUCUUCGUGUAGUGAUGAUCAAAGGUGCUGUCCCUGGCAAACCAGGAAAUCUUCUACGUAUAGCACCAGCUAAGAUUGUUGGUGUAAACAUACCAAAGAGCUAGAUCUAAUGUUAUUGUUUUGUUUUGCAUAACAAUUUGUUGACAAAUUCCCCGCGUUGCUAGUUCUUUUUUCAAAUUCGUGAUCUUAAAUUUUAUUAACAUCAUAUCUUGUUCCUUCAA